AGGGCACGUGUCCAAUCCUUCUUGGUACGACCUCCUCCACAAUCUCCUCCUGAAUUUGAUCUAUAAAAGCGCAGACGGGAGAAGGCUGCGCAGAUUCAGAAGUUCUGCAUUCGAGACGCAUUCAACCAGAAGUCUUUCAUCUUCCACCAUGGGCUCGUCAAACGGCGCGGGACUUUGUUUGAUACUUGUACUAGUUUUUAUGUGCGAGGCAUCUGAAGACCAACAGCCUCGCCAAAGGCCAAUGAUUUACGAUAAAGAUGGUCUUCAGCGAGAGGCGACACCUGAAGAAUUGGAGUUAAUGGUACAGAGACCAAUCAUGCCUGACAUUUCAGAUUUGAUUAAAUUGAUGGCCUCUUCAGAGACAGAUAUGAGCCAGACAGAGAACACAAACUUUCACCCCGAGGACAUCCCAAGAGCUCCCCCACGGUUUGGCCCUCGCUUCAUGAGACCCAACACGGGGCCAGAGAUUCAUUUCCCACCAGCCUUUCCCAGUAUCAGCAAUCUUGAAGAUAUCUGUGAGUUUAGUAAAGCUUCGGUCCGAUACCCUGAGGACAUAUUUCCCCCAAGUGGCUUUGGUAGUGAGCAUCGGCAGGCUGAUGCUGUGAAUCGACUCCAGGGCUGGUACGGCGUGUGCUGUGGCAUUGAUGGAUCAGAGGCAGAGAAGAUCUGUUGUGCUGAACAAGCGUGGAGAAAGACCCUGUCUGCUUUCUGCAAAGAAGAAUUUUCUAUAAAGACGGUUGCAGAUGUCUGCUGCCAGAAGAAGGGGAAGGCCAGAUGGAGCUGUUUUGAUAAGGAGGCUUCAGCGACUUCAUAUGACAUUCCCAUCCUUGACUUGAAUGUCAACAUUCCUCGCAAAGUCCAAGGCUUCAGAUAUAAACCCAGUUCUUGUAAAGGGUAGGGCUGGAGCACCUAAAGAGUGUAUUUGGUUAAAAACAAAAAAUUAAUUUUUUGUUAUUGUUCAAACAUUUGUAAAACAGAUAUGUGACACUGUCAGGCUAGAUUACGAGCAUCAAAGUUUGAUUUCAGCCGUUACUCUCAUUGUGAUUUCAAUCUUUGACUUGAUCUUACUCAGUCAACAUGUUAGGCUAUAUUUUUACCUAAAGUUCUUUACAUUAUGGAGGAUGAUUUUAUGUAGAAAACAGUAAAUCUAAAAAAUAAAUACUUUAGCUGGAUUUUCCCAGGCAAGGUUACAUAUGUGUACAUACACAUUGAAUUUACGUCAAGUUAUCAGCAGUACAGUAAGAUGUUUAGAAUACUGGCAUUUGUUUUAUUGCAUUUAUUUGUGUAAGUCAUCCUUUCAUUGAUGUCCCCUCCAUAUGUAGAGACGUAAACUUCAAGAAGUUUACUUUUAUGUGCUUAUAUAUUCUGUUGUUUUCUCCAUUAAGCCAUUAAGAACUGUUUAAUAAUUAUAUCCACAUAAGCACACAUAGGGUGAAUUGCCCUUAAGUGGGACACACAUUUUUUUUAAUGUGGGACACCUAAGGUCUAACAUGACCUCUCAAAUGUCCAGUCAUAUGUGAUUGUAGAGCAAUCAUCAAAUAGUAAGCGCAUUUCACAGAAGUCGAAA